CCGCGUCUGACCAAUCACAGCACGAGAAGCGCGCUCGCGCUGACCGCUUCCUGAUGCUCUACACUUAACAGUGCGCAGCACCAGCCUCCUUCUGCCUUCUCUGCUCUGCACCACGGUCAGCAUUCGACUGCCCUUGCACUGGUUAGGCCAGAUAAGAAACUGCACCAUGUCUAUCCUGAAGAUCCACGCUCGUGAAAUCUUUGACUCCCGUGGAAACCCCACUGUGGAGGUUGAUCUCUACACCAAGAAAGGUCUCUUCAGAGCUGCAGUGCCCAGUGGCGCAUCAACUGGCAUCUAUGAAGCCCUUGAACUCCGUGACAAUGACAAGACACGUUAUCUGGGCAAAGGUGUCUCAAAAGCUGUUGAGCAUAUCAAUAAAACAAUUGCACCUGCUCUGGUUAGCCAGAGCGUUUCAGUCUUGGAGCAGGAGAAGAUUGAUAAGCUGAUGCUUGAUAUGGAUGGCACAGACAACAAGUCAAAGUUCGGUGCUAAUGCCAUCCUGGGCGUUUCCCUGGCUGUGUGCAAGGCUGGUGCUGCAGAGAAGGGCGUCCCCCUCUACCGCCACAUCGCAGACCUUGCUGGCAACCCAGAAGUCAUUCUCCCAGUGCCUGCCUUCAACGUUAUCAACGGCGGUUCCCACGCAGGCAACAAGCUGGCCAUGCAGGAGUUCAUGAUCCUGCCCGUCGGUGCCAGCAACUUCAAAGAAGCCAUGCGCAUUGGUGCUGAGGUUUAUCACAACCUGAAGAAUGUCAUCAAGGAGAAGUAUGGCAAAGAUGCCACCAAUGUGGGUGAUGAAGGUGGCUUCGCCCCCAACAUCCUUGAGAACAAAGAAGCUCUGGAGCUGCUGAAGAAUGCCAUCAGCAAAGCCGGCUACACCGACAAGAUUGUGAUCGGCAUGGAUGUGGCCGCCUCUGAGUUCUACAAAGGUGGCAAGUACGACCUGGACUUCAAAUCACCUGAUGACCCCAGCCGUUAUAUCAGCCCUGACCAGCUGGCUGACCUCUACAGGAGCUUUGUUAAGGAUUAUCCCGUGGUCUCCAUUGAGGAUCCAUUUGACCAGGAUGACUGGGAGGCCUGGACCAACUUCACUGCCAGCACUAGCAUCCAGGUGGUGGGCGAUGACCUCACAGUGACCAACCCCAAGCGCAUCGCCAAAGCUGUGUCUGAUAAGGCCUGCAACUGCCUGCUGCUCAAAGUCAACCAGAUCGGCUCCGUCACCGAGUCCCUUCAGGCCUGUAAGAUGGCCCAGUCUAAUGGAUGGGGUGUGAUGGUCAGCCACCGUUCUGGAGAGACAGAGGACACCUUCAUCGCUGACCUUGUGGUCGGACUCUGCACUGGCCAGAUCAAGACUGGUGCUCCCUGCCGGUCUGAGCGUCUAGCCAAGUACAAUCAGCUGCUGAGGAUUGAGGAGGAGCUUGGUGACAAGGCUCGUUUCGCUGGCAAGAACUUCAGGAGGCCCAUCUGAAGUGGCGGCCUGGCAUCGGUCUUAGUGUGCUCAUCGUGCUUACUCUCCCACACAUAACGCCACGCAAAGCCAGCUCCUGUAGAAUGGAGAGUAGAAGGAAAAGCAGUGAAUUCAAAGGUCCAGAUCUGUAGUGUAUGGCACAGUACACUGCUCUCCGUGACAGCCCCUUCUCCUCAUCCCCAUCUAUGCUUUGGUACAAAUAGCAUCAGUCCUUUAAUUGUGUCUCUGUGUUGUGUGAGAGAUCUUUGUUCAGCUUCUUGUGAGUUGUAGUGAUUCUGGUGCUCCACUGAGUAUUUUAGGAGAGAGCUAAAGCUGUUCACUGUGCUGCAGUGUGCACCAUGAGUAUGUGUAUUGUGUUGCUUUUGAGAAGUGUUAGUUCUAUAUGCGUGGCAAAACAAAUAAAUUAUCCCUAUUAAAAUGGAA